GUGGAAUCAUGUCAUGCAAGGAUGGAUAAUAUUACUUUAAUGGAAGUGGCGUACAUUAAGCGAUCAUUAAUUAUAGCUAGUCGUGAAAUUGAGGCGCUUAACAAAUCGUUCCAUGAAUUAUCCAGUCAAAGCAGUAGUGAUCAAAGAUAUCUAGUAGCUUGA